GCCGCCAUGUUGUCGUGAGCGGCGGCGGCGCUGCGGGACGCGCCGGAGCGGCGGGCGCGAGCCCCCGGGGUGGCCGUGACCUCCGGCGGCGGCGGCGGCGGCGGCGGUUCCUCCUCCCUCCCGGCGGGCGCCCGCGGUGCUGCUGCUGCCGCCGCAGCCUCCUCCCUGCGAAUGAUGCGGCGGGAGGCGCCGCUGGGCUGGGUCGGAGCUCGGGCGGCGGCAGAAGCGGCGGCGGCGGCGCUGGGCAGUGUCCGGUUGCAGGAGGAGGCGGCGGCCGCCCGGUCCCCAGCGCCCCGCGGCGGCCGGGCGGGCGCAGGAUGCUGAGAGCGACCCCGCGCCCCGGUCGCGCCGCGAGGAAAGGGCCCCGCCGGGACUGAGCGCGGAGUCGCCUCUAUCCCCCCGCCCCGCACGUGCAUUUUUCCCCCUCUCCCCCCGUCUCCUCCAGCCCCCUCGCCUGCCCGGCACCGCCUCCCCGGCGGCGCCGGUGCCGAGCGGCUCCGCCCCGUCCGGCUCCUCCCGCGGCGGGAGCGCGGCGGGGCCGGCGGAACAUGGCGUGGGUGCUGAAGAUGGAUGAAGUGAUCGAGUCCGGGCUGGUGCACGACUUCGACGCCAGCCUCUCGGGCAUCGGGCAGGAGCUGGGAGCCGGUGCCUACAGCAUGAGUGAUGUUUUGGCGCUGCCUAUUUUCAAACAGGAAGAUUCCAGCCUUCCACAAGAAAAUGAGACCAAACAUCCACCUUUCCAGUAUGUUAUGUGUGCUGCAACAUCUCCAGCAGUAAAAUUAUAUGAUGAAACUCUCACAUACUUGAAUCAAGGUCAGUCCUAUGAGAUCCGGAUGCUAGAUAAUCGGAAAGCUGGAGACAUACCAGAGAUCAAUGGAAAACUGGUGAAGAGCAUUAUCAGAGUUGUGUUCCAUGACAGAAGGUUGCAGUACACGGAGCACCAGCAGCUAGAGGGUUGGAAGUGGAACCGCCCUGGGGACAGACUGCUCGACUUAGAUAUUCCAAUGUCUGUUGGAGUCAUUGAUAUCAAGACAAAUCCAAGCCAGCUCAACGCAGUUGAAUUUUUAUGGGAUCCAACAAAAUGUACAUCUGCUUUUAUUCAGGUACAUUGUAUCAGCACUGAAUUUACCCCUCGUAAACAUGGAGGAGAGAAAGGAGUUCCUUUUAGGAUUCAGGUUGACACCUUUAAACAGACUGAAAAUGGAGAAUAUACAGAUCAUCUGCAUUCAGCCAGUUGUCAAAUCAAAGUUUUUAAGCCCAAAGGAGCAGACAGAAAACAGAAAACAGACAGAGAAAAGAUGGAAAAGCGAACUGCACAUGAAAAAGAGAAGUAUCAACCUUCAUAUGACACCACAGUUCUUACAGAGUGCUCACCAUGGCCUGAUACUCCUACAACAUUUGUAAACAACAGUCCUACUCCUGCUCCAGCUUUCACGUCUGCUCAGCAUAACACCUACAGUGUCCCAGACAGCAAUUCUUCAUCCCCAAAUCAUCAAGGAGAUGGAACCUCUCAAGGGUCAGGAGAUCAGCUUCAUCCAUCAGCCACAAUCCAGGAAACUCAGCAAUGGUUGCUCAAGAAUAGAUUCUCUGCCUAUACAAGGCUUUUUUCAAAUUUCUCAGGUGCUGAUUUAUUAAAGCUGACAAGAGAAGAUCUGGUACAAAUCUGUGGUCCUGCCGAUGGAAUUCGGCUGUAUAAUGCACUGAAAUCCAGGUCCGUGAGGCCCCGUUUAACAAUCUACGUGUGCCAGGAGCCCUUGCGGAGCCUACAACUGGAAUGCCAGGACGCGGGCAGCGGCGACAGCAACGGUGCAAUAUACGUUUAUCAUGCAAUCUACUUAGAGGAGAUGGCAGCCUCAGAAGUCACACGCAAGCUUGCUUUGGCAUUUAAUAUUCCUUUGCAUCAGAUCAACCAAGUUUACAGACAGGGUCCUACAGGCAUUCACAUCCUUGUUAGUGAUCAGAUGGUUCAAAACUUUCAAGAUGAGAGUUGCUUCUUAUUCACCACAAUAAAAGCUGAAAAUGGAGAAGGCUUCCAUAUAAUUCUGAAGUGACAUCACACAUUUGCUCGACUGAUACUCCAAUGCAGAAUGAAGUCCUGCCUAAAGAUUAUGAAGAUCAUCCAAAACCUUAGGAUCUAACUUCACUGUAUAAGAUGUUUCAUAUUGAAAACACAAAAUGACCUUUCUAAUGAGCUGUUUGAUAGGUGAACUUUCUUAUCACUGCCAUAGCUAAGUGUCCUCAUGAGAGGUAUAAUGCCAUGACAGCUUCUGUACAGGCAUGGGAGACAAUAUAAGCAAAGGUGCUUGCCCUUCACUGAAAUAAGGCAAACUAUGGCCAGUAGAUACAGUUUAUAGAAGUGAAGCAGUGCUGCAUUUCUAUUAUCUGUAUCCAGUUGGAGAUGAAUGUAAACUUAUUUUGGGGCAUUUACCUUUCUGUGCCAGUUUGUCUAUUACGUGCUUGUACCUUACGCUGGUUUUAUUUUUUGAUGUUAGCAGAGCACAUGCUAAUCUGUGUGGAGAUGAGUAGUUAAGGUGAUAGUGAUCAGGUUGUCAGGUCUUCGAGAGUAAAGCUGUCAAAACAGCUUCCCGUGUAAAUUGUGUAUAAGAGUGUAUGUAAGAAGUGUAAAUGCCAGAACAGGGCUUUGAAGAAGUCCUAGACAGAUGCAAUAUAUGCAUGCAGCAAACUGCAUUAUCAAUAGUACCUUAUUGGAGGGAUUAAUAUAAAUCCUAUGGGGUACUAAGUAAUUGUGUUUUGCUUUAAUGAAUUUAAUGGAAAAGAAUUGCCUAUGCAUCCUUUAUGUUUAGUUUCCUAGGUUCUCUGCGGAGCACUGCUGCAGUUUAACUCUUUGCUUGUGAAAUUGUGGGUUUAAAAAUACUGGCAGUGAGAAGUUUGGGGUUCAGUGGAAUUAUGCUGAUGAGGGAAGAUGACCCACUGGCACCACAGGGCUGUCAUAGCUUUCAGCAGCAUCGAAUAAAUUGCUUGAGAAACACUAAAUACACACGCUGUAAGUCUCCUUCCCAGCAGGUGAAUGCCCUGCUGGAGCUCCUAUUCUGGACAAAUCUCUUCUUACCUUUUCAGUUGACCUUCUGCAUCCUUCAUCCAUCCAUGCUGUACACCUGUUACAGUGCCUCUUCCAUAUGACCAAAUAUUUACUUUUCUCUGAAACAGGCAAUGUGCUUUCCUGGUAUUUUGGAUGUGUCUUGUAAAGUCAUGGCACAGUAUUUCCUAGGCAAACGUUAAGUUUCAAUUGGUUAGGUACUUAGAAUAUUUCCAGAGGUAGUAGGUGACAGUUUCAGAGCUGUUAAUCUGUGCCUUUGGAAAGUUCCAACUUGAUCUCUGGCUUAAAAGCUGGGGAAUAGUUUGCUUUUUAUGCUGCGGUGUUCUGUGUAAACCAAUACUACAGCAUGUAAAAAAGCAACUUUGACUUUUUCAUUUCCCCUUUCAUAACUGGCUCAAGUGCUUAGCAGAAAAGCUUCUGAAAGCUGUAGCAUUUUGAAAAUUUAAAUUCAUCCAACCUAGAGGUUUUUUUCCUAUUUUUGGGAUUUUUUUCUUUUUCUGCACUGAAAGUAAAAUUUUAUGUACUUAAACAUUUCUGCCUAUAAGUUGUUCAUCUUUGGAUAUUGUUUGGUCCUAGUAUUUUCCUGAACUGACUCUUGUGUCUUUUUAGCUCACACCAUAUUCAAAUCCAAACGUUUUAUAAAAGUGGAAAAAUCCUUGAUUGGAAAGUAUACAACUAUCUAAUUUUAAAGAGUAUUGAAAGUUGUACAGUAGUUUGUCCAGCUCACUUGAAAUUGGAAUUAAAUUAUGGCACCAGCAAAUGGCUUUUGUUUUUUAAUAAGAUGUACACAUUUCAAUUUAAGUAUAAUAAAUGUUUUUCAAUAAUUUUGUAAA